ACUUUGUUUUUUCAUACACUUUCGCAGCUUUUCCUGUAGUUAAUGUGCAAAAUUAUGUUGUUUCAUGAAUUUAAAAAAGAUAAAUAAAUAAGUGAAAACUGAUCGCUGGAUUGUUGAAGCCAAUAUCUAAACUGUUUUCUCUCGAUGAGCUGGCACUUUUCAACAACCUGAUCCUCUCAACUUGCAGAAGGUUUCCUAUCAAACUUCUUUCCCAUAUCCUUAGAAGUAAAGGAAAUCCUGGUGCAUUUAUAUUUGAAAAUAGUCAUUAGCCCGUUACAUCAUAAUUCAGAGUGCUUGAUCACUUUGUUAUGAUGCAAUUUUUUUUCUUUGUAGUCUCACUUUUCUUUAUCGUAUUGUUAUCACAUACGAAGUUGUUGCUACUUUCAUCCCUCUGGAACAUUGCCUCUUAGGUGUAUCACUGCCUUUAAAUGGUAGUUUGUCAGUACUUUCAAAUAGCGGCUAUGGUGGAUUUUUUGCCAAUCACUGUGGCCAAUUUAUGAAAAAAGGGCAUGACGUUUAUGGUGAAAAUGGCGGCUUUAAAAGACAAUUUUUUUUCUUCCUCCAUCGGCAAUUGAUAGCAACACUGCUUGGUUUAUCAGAGUAUAUGACAGAAAUGGGAUAUUGUUAAUGAAUGAAAAGAAUCACAACCUUAUAACCAAGAGAAGCAUAUACCAAGCACAUGUAGUGAUGCAAAAAUUUAUUUUUUCUUGUUGUCUGUGCCUGCUUUUCUCUUCAACAUAAUUAAGAAACUUCUUUUUAUCACGUAUAGAGUGGUUGCCAAUUACAUGACUCUGAAAACCAGCUGUAACAAGCACCUUGGUUGAUGUACCAUUCUUCUACUCAGUAGGCAAGUUCCACUAACUGUAGCUGAAGGGAUCUUUUGGGUUUAUCACAAUCUGAAUAUGAAGAAAAAAUGCGAGACAAGGGUGAGGCUCCUGUGAUGUUCAGUCAUUUGGGCCCUCCUCGAAGGAGAACAAGCGCAGAAGAGGAAGAGAGAGUUAAUCACCCAAAACCAGAGGACUCUGUUUAUUACCAUCCUACCUUAAAUCCUACCGGCGCUCCACCGCCAGGGAAACCCCCUAUGUUCAAAUCGUCUAUAGGACCUAGAAUUCCCUUGUUUGACGGUUCAUCAAGUACUGCUGCAUCGUCCUCAGCAAUAGAGUCUGAGGAUGGUGUAUUAUCCGUGCCUCCACCUCCCCCACCACCACCACUGCCUGAUGCUAGUUCAGCUGAUGGUACUGUUUUACCUGCAUCUUUGCCACUGCCUCCACCACCUCCCAUGCCUCCAAAGCCUGCUGCUGGGUUGCCUGCAUCAUUACCUCUGCCUCCUUUGCCACCUCCACCUCCCGGUCCUCCGCCUAAAGAACAAACUGUAAAUCGGUCUUUACCGCCUCCUCCACCUCUACAACAGUCUCAGCCGCCUCCACCUGGCACCAAUGAAGGUGAAGAAAAAAAUCAAUCUGCAUUGCCAGAUAAUCUAUCUUCCAAGGAGCCUGGUCAGGUGCAGCUUCCUCCGCCUCCUCCCCCUCCAAGUCGUAUGCCCCCAAGUUCUAGUGCCAUUCAGUCAGAUGAUGCUGUGGUUUCUACUGACAACAGGAAUUCUCUGUCAAACCAGGAGAUCCAGAAAAUGGUUCCUGGGCCUCCACCACCUCCUCCAAGGCAACAACCUCCUGUUCCAGGAGCCACAUUAAUCCCAACCUUACAGCCUGAUGUAUUGCCUCCUGGAAUAUCCCGGUUCCCACCACCCCCACCCCCACCUGAUAUGAGGCCUCCUCUACCUGUGGUGGGACUUCCUGGUCAGGCACCUCCUCCUGGAAUGAUGGUCCCCCUAAUCCCAAGGCCACCAUAUGGUCUUCCACCUGGACCUCCUCCAAUGAUGAGACCGCCACUUCCACCUGGCCCUCCUCCAAACUUUCAGGAAGAGGAUCAUAUGGUAAUUAGGCCACCUCCUCAAAAACCAUCAUAUGUUAAAUCUGCUGCUUCUACUGUUGUGAAACGACCAUUAGCUCAGCACACUCCGGAACUCACAUCAAUGGUUCCUGCGUCUGUGCGGGUGAGAAGGGAGACUGCAAUGACCAAAACAAAACCAAAACCGCCUGUGUCAACACCAACAUCAACAUCCAGGACAGUUUCUGCACCACCCGGGCCAACUAUUGUAAAACCAGUCUCAGUGAGCUCGUCAUCUGCUCCAAAAGCACCGAGCAUUGAUGACUCAUACUCGGCUUUCUUAGAGGACAUGAAAGCACUUGGUGCCCUUGAUGGUUGAGAUCACUGUGAUAGGCAGAGUCACUAAACGGGGAGGAUAUGCACAGUAAUUUGUAUUCAAUGAUAAAGUAUUUAAUACCUUGAUAGCCCAUGCGAUUCUAAUUCAUAUAUUCUCUUUAAAUUGGUUCACUGUUUUUUUACAACAAAAUUGGUGCACUGUUAUUGUAGUUUUAUAUUGGAUGAACUUUUUUAACGGUUCGCAACUGUAAAUGUUACCAUUGUUUUUAGGAUUUGGGGUUUUUGGCUUAGAAUUU